GCUUGUGACCGGUGCCAGUGGCGGGUAUGGACAACUGGCCGCCGUUGUUGGGAUCGGCUUACGCAAUAAUACCCUCGGGCACUCCUGCUACUGACGCCCGGCGCCACCAUGACUACCAGACGAGUAGAGGUCAAAUAAUACCUUCGGUGAGGCCAUAUUCGGGGCGGGAGGCGCAGAUUUGGGGAGAGUUACCCCAAGCGAGUGGAUAUCCGGGAAAGAUACAACAGAAAACGAGAAUAUAUCGGGGAAGGAUACGACCCCAAGCGAGUAUAUAUCGGGGAAAGAUCCAACCCUAAGCGAGUGGAUAUCGGGGAAAGAUACGAGAGCAAGCGAGUGGCUAUCGGGGAAGGAUACGACAGUAAGCGAGUGCGCAUGAGCGAGUGUGUACGGGAGCGGAGAGUGUGUGUGAUGCGUCUCAACUGGCGGGUCAGCUGCGCCGCCACUACUCGUACCUCGCGCCGCGCCGCCCGCGUGUGCCAGCCGUGACGUCACCACCACCCUCCCCCGCAGCCGUGACGUCACUGAAGAUGAUUGACGGGAAGACGCCGCCUUCGUUAAGCCCAACGGUUCCCGCCAUGGGGUCGGGGUUCCACGCCGGGGCUGCAUACACCAGAAUGGGUCUCACAGGCCAGGAAAACAGUGAGAUAGGCAUGGCCAGUGGCGGCGGCAAUGGCAGCGGCACUGUCAAGAUGGCCGUGGUACCCCGCAACCCUCCAGCGGCUGUGCCCACCAGCGCCGACACGCCUUCCAGGAAGCCUGUACGGCUGUGUCAGGUGUGUGGAGACAUUGCUAAAUCUCUGCACUUCGGGGGGCUGUCGUGCGACUCUUGCAAGGCCUUUUUCCGACGGUCAGUUCAAAAUGAUGCCUACAAGCACUUCCGCUGUGGAGGCGACCAGAAGUGUGCUAUUUCUAUUGCGUCAAGGAAAUUUUGCAAAUAUUGCAGAUUUGCCAAAUGUGAGAGCAUUGGAAUGACCAAGUCCUGGGUGAUGAGUGAAGAUGAACGCCUGCAGCUGAUGAAGACAAGACUCACGAAGAGGAUGAUGUAUCAGCAAGGGGGCUCUAGUAGUGUAGGAAGUAGUGGCAGUGGAGGUGGAAGAAGUGAAAGUGGUGGUGGUGGUGGUGGUGGUGGUGGUGGUGGUGGACGGGGAUCUUCCUCUGACUCUUAUUCUCCAAAUGAAUGUUCUAAAGAGAGCUCAGCAUACUCCAAUAGUUCCUCCUCAAAAAAUUUAUCAUCACGGUAUAGUAGUAGUAGUAGCAGCUCAUCACUGACAUACCACUCACCAACUCAGCCUGUAGACUUGGGAUCUACUGGCUCAUCACCAAACAGUUCUCCAUCUACCCCUGUAUCUGGACCUCUCACACCAAUACAGUACGGACCAAUUCCUCCUCCCACAGUGCACCAAACAUCUGAAAUCAUCCAACGCCAUCACAUCUCGCCCAAACAAGAGAGUCCUGUCAGAGAGCUGUGCAGAGGAAUUAAAAGAGAAAGUGAAGAAGAAGUUAUGCCAGUUGAUCGUGUCUUUAAUCCAGCAUCACAUUACUUGGACUCGGGUGAGGUUGAAAUUUUGACACGUGUAAUCAGUAACAUAAAAUUAGUUGACCAACAGUUGCCAUACUGUACAGACAAACCAAUGGAGGUAAUGGCAUCAUACAAACGUUUUGCUGAGAGAAUAACUCGGUUUCUUCGUCAGUUUCAUGAGUUUACUUCACUCUCUCCACAAGCUCAGGGUCUGGCAAUAAAGAAGAAUAUCACUGUUAUUGCUCUUGUGUUUGGUUCAAGCUUCGUGAAUGAGGAAACAGGCAACUACCACAAUCUGCAUAGUCCUUCUCAGCCUAUGGUCACCAACUUGGAUAUGAUCCAGAAAUCACAAUCUCCAGAGGUAUUCAAUAAAUUCAAAGAAAUACUUUGUUCUCUUGGUCAAUUCAAUAUUGAUUCAAGGAUGGCAUACCUCCUUGUUCUUAUUAUUGUCUUGGGUUAUGAGGGUCAAGAUGCUAACAAAGAUAUAUACCAGAGAAUCUUGCAGCAUUACACAUACUGGAAAUUUGGAGACACAUCUGGGAAAGCUCUCUAUGAUGGUCUUAUGCAUUCUCUUCAAGGCUUACGUCGCCAUUCUGAACUUUUUGAAAGUAUGGCAUUGCGGCAAAAAACAGCAUUAGGAGGUAAUACAAAUCACGUGCAUCAUCUUAAUGAAAAUACUGCGGCUCUUGCCAUGGAUGUAAAAAGUAAAGUGGAAGCCCUGACAGGUGAGCAGAUAAGACAGAUGCUGAAUGGAAUGGAUAUUGAACAGAUGAAGCAAAUGCUUCAAGGCAAUGGCUUGGAACAAAUGAAACAAAUGUUGCAGACUAUGGAAUCUGAAGCUCCUCCAGCACAUCUUACUCAUGAAAGCAGCUCUCUUGUCCAUUCCCCUCCACUCCCAUGUCACUCUCCACAGAGUAUGGUGCAGUCGCCCCAUAGUAUGUUACAGUCACCCCAUUCCAUGCUGCCAUCACCACACAGCAUUUUGCAAUCACCGCAGAGCAUGAUGUCCCCACAAAGUAUGAUGGAGUCACCACAUAGCAUACUUCUACCCUCAUCAUCUCCUGGGAUGCUGCAGUCUCCAAAUCUGAGCCAAUCUAUUCACACUAUGCUAGAUAUUUCUCAUAGCAUGAGCCAUAGUCCAAAUUCAACUGUAACUCAUAUCAUUACAUCCUCCAACAAUCUACUUAAUCAUUAUCAAGACAUGAAACCACCAGGAACAUUUAUGAACUCUCCUCAGUCUUUAGAGAUGUCUCAGAGUCCCAUUGAAAUAUCCAGCCCAUCCCCUCAUGCUAUGAACCUAGCCCCAUCUCCGGCACCAUACAUCCCCAAUCAAGAGAGCUACUUGCUGGACCAGCAUCUACCAGAAACUCCGUAUCCAGAUCACCGUCAGUCUCCUUUAGAUGAAGGUGCAUAUCUCAAUGCACCUUUAUAUCCACAACCACCAUAUAGUCCAGCCCCUCUUAGUGACCAUUAUAACAGUGGCUUUCAUGCACUUUUCUCUCCCCUUCCGUACAAAGAAGAAAUUCAAAGCAUUAGCAACAGUAGCACUGGUAGCAGUGGAGUCGGUGUGAGUCUAACUUCAAGCAUAACGUCUCCAAUCUCCUCGCUCUUAACGUCUCCAGCGCCAUCCCAUUCAUCUCUUCACGAGUCAGAAAACAGCUUGUCGAACUACCACGAGCCUGACCAUGGCAACUCGCUGGGAGCUGCUCCUUAACUCUUGGGCAUUUAGAGAAUUUCUUACUUGACCAUUACAUAUAUAUAUAUACUG